AUGGCAGCCAACAGUCUUUCUAUUUCACUACCACCACAAUUUGCAGGAGAGAACUACCAAAUCUGGAGUGUUAAAAUGGCAGCCUAUUUAAAGGCAUAUGACUUGUGGGAAGUGGUCGAGACAGGUAGGGAUCCACCACCAUUGCCAGACAAUCCAACCAUAGCUCAAGUGAAGCAUCAUAGUGAGCAAGUGGCUAAGAAAUUUAAGGCUCUGUCAUGCAUUCAUCAAGCAGUCUCAGAGAUCAUUUUCACAAGAAUUAUGACUUGUGAAACAGCUAAAGAAGCCUGGGAGAAAUUGAAAGAGGAGUUCCAAGGAACUGACAAGAAUAGGCAGAUGCAGCUGCUAAACUUGAGAAGAGAGUUUGAAACUCUCAAAAUGAAGGAUUCUGAAUCUGUAAAGGAAUACAUGAAUAGAGUAGUGAAGGUAGUGAAUCAGAUUAGGCUGCUUGGAGAUGAGUUUCCUGAAACAAGGAUAGUGGAGAAGGUUCUUGUCACUCUUCCUGAGAGAUUUGAAUCAAAAAUCUCUUCAUUGGAGGAUUCCAAAGACCUUUCAAAACUAACUCUCUCAGAGUUAGCUAAUGCUCUUCAAGGAGUUGAACAAAGAAGAGCUCUAAGGCAAGAAGAGGCUUCUGAAGGAAUUCAGUGUAGAUCUUGCAAACAAUUUGGUCACAUGGAAAAAGUUUGUAAGAACAAAACUCAGCAGCAGCAACAACAGAGCCAACAAGCUCAAGUAGCUGAAAGCCAACAACAACAACAAGAAGAGCAACUUUUUGUUGCCUGUUAUAACAACAAAUUUGAUACAAAUGUUUGGUUGGUAGACAGUGGAUGCACGCAUCAUAUGAGUUCAAAUUCAGCAGCAUUCAAGGAGUUGGAUAGGUCUUACGUGUCCUCUGUUAAAAUUGGCAAUGGUGAGUUGGUGGAUGUUAAAGGCAAAGGACAGUAG